GGCCUCCUUCCAAAACCCGGAGAAGUGGAUUCUGCGCUCCGCACGGCCUUUCCUAACCGUGGUGUGGCCGAGCGGGUCCAGGCUUGUCGGCAGGAAACUGGGCCCAGCGCCUGGAGGGGGAAGGCGGCCCCGAGCGGGAGCGGACGCGCAGCAGGCCUGCGCGAGUGAGCGUGCUGCGGGCCCCGGCCGCUCGGGCCUCUUUCCAGUCGUGCUCCCUUUCCUCUGGGACGCGGGGCGCUAGGCCGCGGCGAAUAUCAGAGGAUGUUUGUUCCAAGAUCUCUAAAAAUCAAGAGGAAUGCUAAUGGUGACAGCAAAAGUUGUGCAGCUAAGAAAAUUAAAUCAGAUGCAGAAGACCUUCAGCAGGAUGAAGGCAGAGAUGAUUCAACUGAUGCUUUAGUUACAAAAGAAGCCACGACGUCAGACAGGCCCAGCACAGAACCAUGCCCUUUCCCUAGCACAGCUGGCCAGUUGGCUGAGGUUUGUUUGGUUGGACCUGAGCAGGACGCAAAGGAUAGCGAUCUUUCUGAAGAGCCUGUAAAGUCAUUUUCCAAAACACAGCGCUGGGCAGAACCUGGAGAACCUGUCUGUGUUGUUUGUGGUCGUUAUGGAGAGUAUAUCUGCGAUAAGACAGAUGAAGAUGUGUGUAGUUUGGAGUGUAAAGCCAAACAUCUUCUGCAAGUAAAGGAAAAGGAAGAGAGAUUAAAACUCAGCAGUCCUCAGAAAGCUGAUUCUGAGCCCGAGGCUCCACUUAAUGCUUUUUAUGUCUAUAAAGAGCACCCCUUUAUUUUGAACCUUCAGGAAGACCAGAUUGAAAAUCUUAAACGGCAGCUAGGAAUUGUAGUUCAAGGGCAAGAUGUCACCAGACCUAUUAUUGACUUCGAGCACUGUGGUUUCCCUGAGGCCUUAAAUCUCAACUUGAAGAAAUCGGGCUAUGAAGUUCCAACCCCCAUCCAAAUGCAGAUGAUUCCUGUAGGACUCCUGGGAAGAGACAUUCUGGCCAGUGCGGAUACUGGCUCAGGAAAAACAGCCGCUUUUCUUCUUCCUGUUAUCACUCGAGCUUUAUGUGAGAGCAAAACUCCAUCUGCACUCAUUCUUACGCCAACAAGAGAAUUAGCCAUUCAGAUAGAGAGCCAAGCUAAAGAAUUGAUGAGUGGUCUGCCACGCAUGAAAACUGUGCUUCUGGUAGGGGGCUUACCCUUACCUCCACAGCUUUAUCGUUUGCGACAACAUGUUAAGGUUAUCAUUGCAACUCCUGGGCGACUUCUGGAUAUAAUAAAACAGAGCUCUGUAGAACUCCGUGGUAUAAAAAUUGUAGUAGUAGAUGAAGCUGAUACCAUGUUAAAGAUGGGCUUUCAACAGCAAGUGCUUGACAUUUUGGAAAACGUUCCUAAUGAUUGUCAGACCAUUUUGGUUUCAGCUACAAUUCCAGCUAGCAUAGAACAACUAGGAAGCCAGCUUCUGCAUAAUCCUGUGAGAAUUAUCACUGGGGAAAAGAACCUGCCUUGUUCCAGUGUGCGCCAGAUUAUUUUGUGGGUAGAAGAACCAGCCAAAAAGAAAAAAUUGUUUGAAAUCUUAAAUGAUAGGAAACUCUUCAAGCCUCCAGUGUUAGUAUUUGUGGACUGCAAGCUGGGAGCAGAUCUGCUGAGCGAGGCAGUGCAGAAAAUCACUGGUCUAAAAAGUGUGUCUAUACAUUCGGAGAAGUCACAAACAGAAAGGAAAAACAUUUUGAAGGGAUUACUUGAAGGAGACUAUGAAGUUGUGGUGAGCACCGGAGUCCUGGGACGAGGCCUGGACUUGAUCAGUGUCAGGCUGGUUGUCAAUUUCGAUAUGCCUUCAAGUAUGGAUGAGUACGUGCAUCAGGUUGGAAGAGUGGGGAGAUUAGGCCAAAAUGGAACAGCGAUUACUUUCAUCAAUAACAAUUCAAAAAGACUCUUCUGGGAUAUUGCAAAAAGAGUAAAACCCACAGGAUCCAUUCUUCCCCCACAGUUACUAAACUCCCCUUACCUUCACGACCAGAAAAGAAAGGAACAACAGAAAGAUAAACAGACACAGAAUGAUCUGGUUACAGGUGCUAAUCUUAUGGACAUUAUUAGAAAACAUGAUAAAAGUAAUUCUCAAAAAUGACUUGUUAUACCACUGAACAAUUUUUUAUUGUGUAUGUUGUCCAUGAAAUUUCUGUAUCUUAUUACUGUAUGGUUCGAAUCAAUGGGACAUGUACAUGAAGCAAAAAAAAUUUAACAUAAUUUAAAUUUUUUUAAAUUGAAUAUCAGAUUUAUACCACAGUAUUAUAUUUAUUUCCCUUUAGCUCUCAUAAAUUAAGAAAAAAUCGGAAAAUGAAUUGCUAAAUAAAAUAAAAUUUUUUCUGUCUAGACAAAGCCUUUUUUUUCCCCCCAGUACUCUUGCAGCUGCUGUCAGAGCUGGACACCUGCACAGCGAGCAGUCAGACUCAGAAUGGUGAUAGUUUUGUUUAGUGUCCCCAGUGCGUUGCAGGCACAUUGGCACUUGGGUCAUUGUUGAAUAAAUGAAUGUUAGGAAGAAAGUAAAUGAUGAAACUGGAAGAAAUGAUUGGUGCUUCUUUAAAAGAUCAGUGUGAAAUAUGUUUUAUUCUCAGUUGUUUUCCUUUCAGCUUGGUAAACAUUUUUUUUUUAAUAUAA